AUGGACUCGAUGGAGGGCUUCAGCCCCAAGUUCAUCUGUCUGGAGAAGCACUGGGCGGUCAGGGUCAAGGCUGGCGAGCCUCUUAACAAUUCUGGGGCAUAUAAGGAUGCUGGUUCGUCAGAAAUCCGGUGCACGUCCGCAGCUGUUACACAAAGUGGCGUUGAAGCAGCCAUCCGUUGCACCUUGCGCUUGGGGCUUGGAAUGAGAAAAUGCCAGCGCACCUCUAGCGCACCUACCAUGUCCUUUUGGACAAUGAACAGUGUUGUCAUCUUGAUCCUGGAGAACGGCGAUCUCACCGUACACUAUCCGUCCUAUUUAAAACAACGAGUACCCCGCGUGCCCAUUGACGGAUAUCCCCGCGACGCUUACUUGACAAACCGUGCGUUGACCAUGUCGGACAAAAGCAAAACGAGCCACCCCAGAGAGGAGGAGGAGGCGGCUACCUCUCAUCAAGGCCCAUGUCGGCCGAAACUCAAGGACCGCCAUCUGUACAUGAUUGCCAUGGGAGGCUGCAUCGGCACCGCCUUCCUCGUCGGCUCGGGCCGCACGCUCAGCCGCGGCGGUCCGGCGCUGACCCUCGCCGGCUUCGCGACGACCAGCCUCGUGGUGUGGGUUUCCGCGACGCUCCUGUGCGAGAUGGCGGCGGCCCUGCCGGCGCUCGCCGGCGCCGGCGCGGACCUCUACGCCACGCGGCUGCUGUCCCGCACGCUGGGCUUCGCCCUCGGCUGGACCUACUGGUACGCGUACGCGGUGCUGGUCCCGUUCGAGGUGACGGCCGCCGCGCUCGUCGUCGGGUACUGGGCGCCGCCCGUGUCCGACGCCGUUUUUGUCACGGUCCUGCUCGUGGCGAUUGCCGGCCUCAACUACCUGCCCGUCGCGCACGCCGGCGAGGCCGAGUUUGCCUUUUCAACCCUCAAGCUCGCCAUGUUGACCGGGCUCGUCGUGCUAGCAGUCGUGGUGGCCGCUGGUGGCGGGCCGGAUGGGGAGCCGGUGGGGUGGCGGUACUGGCGGGAGCCCGGCCCGGCGAACCCGUGGCUGGUGCCGGGCGCCGGCGGCGUGGUGGUGAGCUUUAUUGGCGUUCUUGUGAAUGCUAUUUUGCCAGUUGAGUCUUUUGCCGAAUGUCAUCUAGCCCACGGUGCUGCUUUACUAACAUCUUAUUUCUUUUUCAAGCUCUCGUUUCUGGGCGAAAUGAUUGCGAUAUGCGGCGGCGAGACGACAAACCCGCGAAAAGCAAUCCCGCGCGCCACCAAGGCCCUCCUCGUCCGCCUCGUGUGCUUCUCCAUGCUGCCUAUUUUCAGCGUGACGCUCAUCUGCCCCUCCAAUGCGGCGCAGCUGACGUCGGGCGGCGCCGGCGCCGGGUCCUCGCCCUUUGUCGUCGGCAUCAAGACGGCCAGGAUCCGCGUGCUUGACCACGUCGUCAAUGCCGUCAUCCUGUGCUCCGCGUGGUCCGCCGGCAACGUCUACAUGUACAUGGCGUCGCGCUCGCUGUACUCGCUCGCGCUGGCCGGCCACGCGCCGAGAGUGCUCGCCGCGCGCAACCGAUGGGGCGUGCCGUACUGGGCGGUGACGGCCGGCGCGGCGCUCAGCCUGCUCGCGUACCUCAACGUGAGUGCCGGAGCGGGACGCGUCUUUGCCUGGCUGGUCAACAUGCUCAACAUGGCCGCGUUUUUCUCCUGGGUCCUGCUCUCGUGGGCCUAUCUCCGGUUCCGCGCGGCGAUGGCGGCGCAGGGCGUCGACCGCGCGGCGCUGCCGUAUAGAGCGUGGUGCGGCAAGCCCGGCGCGUAUCUGUGCAUGUCGUACUUUACGGUGAUUGGGAUGCUGAACGGCUUCCAGGUCUUCUUUCCGGGGCAGUGGAGCGCGUCGGACUUUUUUACGGCGUACGUGGGCACCGUCUUGUUCGCCGUCUUGUAUGUCGGGCACAAGUGCACGGCAGGGCGGGGAGAGGCGUGGAUUAUCCCGGCCGGCGAGAUUGAUCUGGUUUCUGCACUCGAGGACGUGGCUGUUGAGGAAAUGGCUGCCGCAGAGGCCUCAGAUUCGAGAUGCAGCAGCGACAACAUGACGACAGGGAAACAAGGGUAG